CCAUACAACAAACCAAAAAAAGGAAAAUGGAGAAUCCUGCUAAAUCCGUGCGCCAGCUGGAGCCAUGGCGGAAACUCGCCGGAAAAGUUGUGAUGGUCACCGGAGCUUCAUCGGGAAUCGGCCGAGAUUUCUGCUUGGAUUUAUCAAAAGCUGGUUGUAGAAUCAUCGCCGCCGCUCGUCGAAUCGAACGAUUGAAAUCUCUAUGUGAUGAUAUCAACGGAAUCAGCUCGAAUGGAUCGACGAAGUCGAGUCAGGAACUGCGAGCCGUAGCGAUUGAGCUUGACGUUAGCGCGAAUGGUUCCGCCAUUGAAGCCGCCGUACAGAAAGCUUGGGACGCCUUUGGUUGUAUCGACGCUUUGGUUAAUAACGCCGGUAUUCGAGGCAGUGUGCAUUCUCCACUGGAUUUAUCAGAGGAGGAAUGGGAAAAUACCUUCAAAACGAACCUAAGAGGGGCAUGGCUGGUGACCAAAUACGUUUGUAUAAAUAUGCGCGCUGCCAAUCAAGGAGGAUCUGUUAUUAAUAUCUCUUCUAUCGCUGGUCUUAAUCGUGGCCAAUUACCAGGCGGUCUUGCUUAUGCCUCUUCAAAGGAAGCUCUCAACAGCAUUACAAAGGUGAUGGCCCUCGAAUUGGGAGCAUACAAGAUCAGAGUGAACUCAAUAUCACCAGGACUAUUCAAAUCUGAGAUAACAGAGGGUCUUAUACAAAAAAACUGGCUUCAAAAUAUUGAAUUGAGAACCAUUCCUUUGAGAACACAUGGAACAUCAAAUCCUGCUUUGACUUCAGUAGUGCGUUAUUUAAUCGACGAUUCCUCAGAAUAUGUUUCAGGUAACAUUUUCAUAGUAGAUGCUGGAGCUACUUUACCAGGGGUCCCAAUUUUCUCAUCCCUCUAGUCAUAGAGGAAAUCAAAUUAGGAAAAGAAGAGAGGCUUGAGUUUGAACAAGUUCUUGCCUAAAGUAAAUUUUAUGUUUUGGUUUGAAUUUUGAAAUGUUUAAGGUAAAGAAUGUCUUUUAUUUCAUGGAAUUGUUUUUCCUUUGUAAAGCUCCACCAUUGAUUGAAUUGAUUAAACUCCCAUGAAGUAAAGUUUAUUGUUUUUAUAAGGUUGAA